AUGGCCGACCAAAGGGAUAUGCAGGCUUUGGGAAAGGAACAAGUUCUCAGGAGAAAUUUUAGGUUCAUCUCAAUUGUUGCCUUCGGAUGUACCCUCAUUGCUUCAUGGGAAGUCGUGCUAACUAUGAUGAGUUCGCCUCUGGUUGAUGGUGGCACGGCUGGAUUUAUCUGGGGUUUCAUCGUUGUUUCGGUUGGAGUGUUGCUGCUGUUCGCCAGUCUGGCGGAAAUGGCUUCCAUGGCACCCACUGCUGGUGGCCAAUACCAUUGGGUAUCAGAGUUUGCACCUAGGAAGUACCAGAAGUUCUUGAGUUAUAUCACUGCCCGGUCGCAUCUAGGAUGGCUCUGUGCCACAGGCUGGGAAUGCGCGAUUGUGUCAAUUGCUUUCCUAGCAGGUACCAUCAUUCAAGGACUGGUUAUCCUGAAUUACCCUGAUUAUGUUUCUGAGCGGUGGCACGGUACUCUCAUUACAAUUGCCAUCACCCUUUUCUCCGUUCUUUUCAACACUUUCCUAGCCAAGAAGCUCCCUCUCGUUGAAGCCUUCAUCUUGAUCCUCCACGUUGCCGGAUUUUUCAUUGUGAUUAUACCCCUUUGGGUGCUGGCACCCAUCAAGGAUGCGAAAACGGUUUUCACCCAGUUUACGAACGGUGGUGAUUGGAAUAGCAAUGGUACCGCAACGAUGGUCGGUCUGAUUACUGCUAUCACUGCCAUGAUUGGCUACGACUGUACUGUCCACAUGUCCGAGGAAGUUCGAGACGCUUCUACAACCCUUCCCAAGGCUAUCAUGGCAGCGUGCUCCCUAAACGGGGUCCUGGCCUUUGUUGUUAUGGUCACUUUGUGUUUCACCUUGGGUAAUGUAGAUGAGGUCCUCGACUCCGCUACUGGUUACCCUUUCAUUCAGGUCUUUUUCAAUGCCACCAAAAGUUACGCAGCUACAAACGCAAUGACUGCAAUUGUCACCAUGUCGCUUAUUGCCAGUGUCAUCACUGAGGUCGCCACUGCGUCUCGUCAACUUUGGUCAUUCGCCCGUGAUGGGGGCGUCCCACUGGCUACCUUUUUCGGUCAUGUCAACCCAAAUUGGAACAUCCCCCUCAAUGCUGUUCUAGUGUCCCUCGUGCUCACGAUGCUGCUAUCGCUCAUCAACAUCGGCUCGACUGUCGCCCUAGACGCCUUGAUCACCCUAACUGUCGGAGCAUUGUUGAAUUCCUACAUCGUCACUGUUUCCUGUGUCUCAUGGAAAAGAAUUCGCGGGGAACCGUUGCCCCCACACAGGUGGUCACUCGGCCGAUGGGGACUUUGGGUAAACCUCGGGGCCCUGGCUUUCCUCAUCCCGGAGUUCGUUUUCGUCAUGUUCCCCCUUUACUCGACUGUGGACCCCGAAAACAUGAACUGGAGCUCGCUCAUGUAUGGUGGCAUGUUGAUUUUUUCCAUCAUCUACUAUGUGUUGUAUGGGCGGAAAACUUAUGUGCCGCCCGUGGCCCUGGUCAAGCGCGAAAUUUGA